AUGGCGGAUCCAGGAAUGAUGAGUCUUUUUGGCGAGGACGGGAAUAUUUUCAGCGAAGGCCUCGAGGGCCUCGGAGAGUGUGGUUACCCUGAAAACCCAGUGAACCCCAUGGGUCAGCAGAUGCCGAUAGACCAGGGCUUUGCCUCCCUGCAGCCCUCCCUGCACCACCCCCCCGCGAAUCAGAAUCAGACCAAGCUGACCCACUUCGAUCACUAUAAUCAGUACGAACAGCAAAAGAUGCAUCUGCUGGAACAGCCAAACCGAAUGAUGAGCGGCGCCCCUGGGAACGGGCUCGCGUCCCCUCACUCGCAGUACCACGCCCCUCCCGUCCCUCAGGUCCCCCACGGCGCCAGCGGUGGCGGUCAGAUGGGAGUCUACCCCGGCAUGCAGAACGAAAGGCACGGGCCGCCGUUCGUGGACAGCGGCUCCCUGUGGGGCCCCCGGGCCGUUCAGGUGCCGGACCAGGCGCGGGCCCCCUACCAGCAGCAGCCCCAGCCGCAGCAGCCCCAGCCCGCUCCGUCGGGGCCCCCCACGCAGGGCCACCCUCAGCACAUGCAGCAGAUGGGCAGCUAUAUGGCACGCGGGGACUUCUCCCUGCAGCAGCACGGCCAGCCGCAGCAGAGGAUGAGCCAGUUCUCCCAGGGCCAGGAGGGCCUCAGUCAGGGAAGUCCUUUCAUCGCCACCUCAGGACCCGGCCACUUGGCCCACGUGCCCCAGCAGAGCCCCAGCGUGGCACCUUCCUUGCGUCAUUCGGUGCAGCAGUUCCACCACCACCCCCCUACUGCUCUCCAUGGAGAAUCCGUUGCCCACAGCCCCAGGUUCUCCCCUAAUCCUCCUCAACAAGGGGCUGGGAGGCCGCAGACCCUGAACUUCAGUUCUCGGAGCCAGACCGUCCCCUCACCUACUAUAAACAACUCAGGGCAGUAUUCUCGAUAUCCUUACAGUAACCUAAAUCAGGGAUUAGUUAACAAUACAGGGAUGAAUCAGAAUUUAGGCCUUACAAAUAAUACUCCAAUGAAUCAGUCCGUACCAAGAUACCCCAAUGCUGUAGGAUUCCCAUCGAACAGUGGGCAAGGACUAAUGCACCAGCAGCCCAUCCACCCCAGCGGCUCACUUAACCAAAUGAACACACAAACUAUGCAUCCUUCACAGCCUCAGGGAACUUACGCCUCUCCACCUCCCAUGUCACCCAUGAAAGCAAUGAGCAAUCCGGCAGGCACACCGCCUCCGCAAGUCAGGCCCGGAAGCGCUGGGAUACCAAUGGACGUUGGCAGUUAUCCAAAUAUGCCCCACCCUCAGCCAUCUCACCAGCCCCCCGGUGCCAUGGGAAUCGGACAGAGGAAUAUGGGCCCCAGAAACAUGCAGCAGUCUCGUCCGUUUAUGGGCAUGUCCUCAGCACCGAGGGAGCUGGCUGGGCACAUGAGACCAAACGGCUGUCCCGGCGUUGGCCUUGCAGAUCCCCAAGCGAUCCAGGAGCGACUGCUACCUGGCCAGCAGCACCCCGGUCAGCAGCCGUCUUUCCAGCAGUUGCCAACCUGCCCUCCGAUGCAGCCCCACCCGGGCCUGCACCACCAGUCUUCACCCCCACACCCGCACCACCAGCCUUGGGCACAGCUCCACCCGUCACCCCAGAGCACCCCGCAGAAAGUGCCUGUGCCUCAGCAUUCUCCAUCGGAGCCCUUUCUAGAGAAACCAGUGCCGGAUAUGACUCAGGUUAGUGGACCGAACGCUCAGCUAGUGAAGAGUGAUGAUUGCCUGCCAUCAGUGGAACAGCAGCCACAGCAGAAGAAGAAGAAAAAGAAAAACAACCACAUUGUCGCCGAGGAUCCCAGUAAAAGUUUUGGUAAAGAUGACUUCCCUGGUGGGGUUGAUAACCAAGAACUAAAUAGGAACUCACUAGAUGGGUCCCAAGAAGAGAAGAAGAAAAAGAAAAGGCCGAAGGUAAAAAAAGAUCCGAAGGAACCGAAAGAACCCAAGGAGAAAAAAGAGCCCAAGGAACCCAAGACCCCGAAAGCCCCUAAGAUUCCCAAAGAGCCAAAGGAAAAGAAAGCAAAAACUGCCACGCCAAAACCCAAAUCCAGCAAAAAGUCAAGUAAUAAGAAACCUGAUUCAGAAGCAAGUGCUUUGAAGAAAAAGGUCAACAAGGGAAAAACAGAAGGUUCUGAAAAUUCAGACUUAGACAAAACGCCCCCAGCAUCUCCUCCUCCUGAAGAAGAUGAGGACCCAGGUGUUCAGAAGCGACGUUCCAGCAGGCAGGUGAAGCGGAAGCGAUACACGGAAGACUUGGAGUUCAAGAUUUCCGACGAGGAAGCAGAUGAUGCAGACGCUGCUGGGAGAGACUCCCCCUCCAACACCUCGCAGUCAGAGCAGCAGGAAUCUGUUGAUGCAGAAGGUCCAGUGGUAGAAAAAAUCAUGAGCAGUCGUUCAAUAAAAAAACAGAAGGACUCUGGAGAGGAGAUAGAAGUUGAGGAAUUCUACGUGAAAUACAAAAACUUCUCUUAUCUUCAUUGUCAAUGGGCAUCUGUAGAAGAUCUGGAGAAAGAUAAGAGAAUUCAGCAAAAGAUCAAACGAUUUAAGGCAAAGCAGGGCCAGAACAAAUUCCUUUCAGAGAUUGAAGAUGAGCUUUUUAAUCCAGAUUAUGUGGAGGUUGACCGGAUAAUGGACUUUGCACGAAGCACAGAUGAACGGGGAGAGCCUGUGACUCACUACCUGGUGAAGUGGUGUUCCCUGCCUUACGAAGACAGCACGUGGGAACUAAGGCAGGACAUAGAUCAAGCAAAGAUCGAAGAGUUUGAGAAACUAAUGUCCAGGGAGCCAGAAACAGAGCGUGUGGAGCGACCUCCUGCUGAUGACUGGAAGAAAUCGGAGAGUUCCAGGGAGUACAAAAACAAUAACAAACUCAGGGAAUACCAGUUGGAGGGAGUAAACUGGCUACUUUUCAAUUGGUACAACAUGCGAAACUGCAUUUUAGCAGAUGAAAUGGGUUUGGGAAAAACUAUCCAGUCCAUUACAUUUCUCUAUGAGAUAUAUUUGAAAGGAAUCCAUGGCCCUUUUUUAGUAAUUGCCCCAUUGUCCACAAUCCCCAACUGGGAAAGGGAAUUCCGUACCUGGACAGAGUUGAACGUGGUUGUGUAUCAUGGGAGUCAAGCUAGUCGUCGGACCAUUCAGUUGUAUGAAAUGUACUUCAAAGAUCCCCAGGGUCGAGUGAUAAAGGGGUCCUACAAGUUUCAUGCCAUCAUCACUACAUUUGAGAUGAUUCUGACGGAUUGUCCUGAGCUGCGGAAUAUUCCAUGGCGUUGUGUCGUCAUCGAUGAGGCCCACAGGCUGAAGAAUAGGAACUGCAAGCUUCUGGAGGGGCUCAAGAUGAUGGACUUGGAGCACAAAGUGCUGCUGACGGGGACCCCCCUACAGAACACGGUGGAGGAACUCUUCAGCCUGCUUCAUUUCUUGGAACCGAGUCGUUUCCCUUCAGAAACCACCUUCAUGCAAGAAUUUGGCGAUCUGAAAACAGAAGAACAGGUGCAAAAACUCCAGGCUAUUCUAAAGCCAAUGAUGUUGAGACGUCUCAAGGAGGAUGUAGAAAAGAACUUGGCCCCCAAAGAAGAAACCAUUAUUGAAGUUGAGCUCACGAACAUUCAGAAGAAAUAUUACCGAGCCAUCCUUGAGAAGAAUUUCACAUUUCUCUCCAAAGGUGGUGGUCAAGCUAACGUACCUAACCUUUUAAACACUAUGAUGGAGCUACGGAAGUGCUGCAAUCACCCAUACCUUAUUAACGGUGCUGAAGAGAAAAUUUUGGAAGAGUUUAAAGAAACACACAAUGCAGACUCUCCAGAUUUUCAGCUCCAGGCGAUGAUCCAGGCUGCUGGCAAGCUAGUGCUGAUUGACAAACUACUGCCAAAACUGAAGGCUGGUGGCCACAGGGUGCUUAUCUUUUCCCAGAUGGUGCGCUGCUUGGACAUACUGGAAGACUACCUCAUUCAAAGACGGUACCCAUACGAGAGGAUCGACGGCAGAGUGAGAGGCAACCUCCGCCAGGCAGCUAUCGACAGAUUCUCCAAACCCGAUUCUGAUAGGUUUGUUUUCCUCCUGUGUACACGGGCAGGAGGCUUAGGCAUUAAUCUUACUGCUGCUGAUACCUGCAUCAUCUUCGAUUCCGACUGGAAUCCCCAAAAUGAUCUCCAGGCUCAGGCUAGAUGUCAUAGAAUAGGACAGAGCAAAUCUGUGAAAAUCUACAGGCUGAUCACAAGAAACUCUUACGAAAGGGAAAUGUUUGACAAGGCUAGUCUGAAGCUCGGCCUGGACAAAGCUGUGCUGCAGUCCAUGAGUGGGAGAGAAAACGCUACCAAUGGGGUCCAACAACUUUCCAAGAAAGAAAUAGAGGAUCUUCUGCGAAAGGGGGCCUACGGUGCACUCAUGGAUGAGGAGGAUGAAGGGUCUAAGUUCUGCGAAGAAGAUAUUGACCAGAUUCUCCUGCGGCGAACCCACACUAUCACCAUUGAGUCUGAAGGCAAAGGUUCCACGUUUGCUAAGGCCAGUUUUGUUGCAUCUGGAAACAGGACAGACAUUUCCUUGGAUGAUCCAAAUUUCUGGCAAAAGUGGGCUAAGAAGGCUGAAUUGGAUAUUGAUGCCUUAAACGGGAGGAACAACCUGGUUAUUGACACUCCAAGAGUGAGGAAGCAAACCAGGCUGUACAGUGCAGUGAAAGAAGACGAGCUGAUGGAGUUUUCAGACUUGGAAAGUGAUUCCGAAGAGAAGCCUUGCACGAAGCCGCGGCGGCCCCAGGACAGGUCCCAGGGCUACGCGAGGAGUGAGUGCUUUAGAGUUGAGAAGAAUCUGCUCGUCUAUGGCUGGGGACGGUGGACAGAUAUCCUUUCGCACGGGCGCUACAAGCGUCAGCUCACUGAGCAAGACGUGGAAACCAUCUGCAGGGCCAUCCUCGUGUACUGCCUCAAUCAUUACAAGGGGGAUGAGAAUAUCAAAAGUUUCAUCUGGGAUUUGAUCACGCCCACGGCGGACGGCCAGACGCGAGCCUUGGUCAACCAUUCUGGUUUAUCGGCCCCGGUGCCCAGGGGAAGGAAAGGAAAGAAGGUGAAAGCCCAGAGCACCCAUCCGGUGGUGCAGGAUGCCGACUGGCUGGCGGGUUGCAACCCGGAUGCCUUGUUCCAGGAGGACAGCUACAAGAAACACCUGAAGCACCACUGCAAUAAGGUCCUGCUGCGUGUCCGCAUGCUGUACUACCUAAGACAAGAAGUUAUAGGAGACCAGGCAGAUAAGAUUUUAGAGGGUGCUGACUCAAGUGAGGCUGAUGUGUGGAUCCCUGAACCCUUCCAUGCGGAAGUCCCCACAGAUUGGUGGGAUAAGGAAGCAGAUAAGUCCCUCCUCAUUGGAGUGUUCAAACACGGCUACGAGAAGUACAAUUCCAUGCGAGCUGACCCCGCACUGUGCUUCCUGGAACGAGUCGGGAUGCCCGAUGCCAAGGCCAUAGCUGCCGAGCAAAGAGGAACAGACAUGCUAGCAGAUGGCGGUGACGGGGGAGAAUUUGAUAGAGAAGAUGAAGACCCGGAAUAUAAACCAACCAGGACUCCAUUCAAGGAUGAAAUAGAUGAAUUUGCAAAUUCUCCUCCAGAAGAUAAGGAAGAAUCCAUGGAGAUCCGCUCCACAGGCAAGCACAGCGAGAGUAAUGCUGAGUUAGGCCAACUUUACUGGCCCAACACCUCGACCCUGACCACCCGUCUGCGCCGGCUCAUUACUGCCUAUCAGCGCAGCUAUAAAAGGCAACAAAUGAGGCAAGAGGCUCUAAUGAAGACUGACCGGCGGAGACGGCGGCCUCGGGAGGAAGUGAGAGCACUAGAAGCGGAAAGGGAAGCUAUAAUAUCUGAGAAACGGCAAAAGUGGACAAGAAGAGAAGAGGCUGAUUUUUACCGUGUGGUAUCCACUUUUGGAGUUAUUUUUGACCCCAUGAAACAGCAGUUUGACUGGAACCAAUUUCGAGCCUUUGCCAGACUUGACAAAAAGUCUGACGAGAGUUUGGAGAAAUACUUCAGUUGUUUUGUGGCCAUGUGUAGGCGAGUGUGUCGAAUGCCCACUAAGCCAGAUGAUGAACCACCUGACCUCUCCUCCAUGAUUGAGCCAAUCACAGAAGAGCGUGCCUCUAGAACUCUCUACCGCAUCGAACUGCUGCGGAAAAUACGCGAGCAGGUUCUUCAUCACCCUCAGCUGGGAGAGAGGCUGAAGCUCUGCCAGCCGAGUUUGGAUUUGCCAGAGUGGUGGGAAUGUGGGAGGCAUGACCGGGACUUGCUGGUCGGCGCUGCUAAACACGGGGUCAGCCGGACGGAUUAUCACAUCCUCAAUGACCCCGAGUUAUCUUUCUUGGAUGCGCACAAAAAUUUUGCCCAGAACCGAGGGGCAGGUAACCUGUCCUCCCUGACUCCACUGGCCGUUGGAUUUGGCCAGACUCCUGCCGUCCUCCCGUCUGCUCACGCCCAGGAAGAGAAGGCUGCGGGACAAAGCGAGGGCAAAGCGGAGGAGUCUGGCGGCAUGACCACCCAAGAGAAACCCGAGGGGAAGGAGGAGGAAGAAGAGACCGACGGCAGGGAGAAGGACAGUAAGCAGGGCUGUGAGGCCGAGGCGAGCUCUGUGAAAAGUGACCUGAAAGGGAUGGAGGUCGGUGCCGACACAGGGCCCAAGUCUAUUUCGGAAAAAGGUUCUGAAGAGGACGAAGAAGAAAAGCUGGAGGAUGAUGAUAAGUCAGAAGAGUCUUCCCAGCCUGAAGCAGGAGCUGUCUCUAGAGGGAAGAAUUUCGAUGAAGAAAGCAAUGCCUCCAUGAGCACCGCUAGGGAUGAAACCCGAGAUGGGUUCUACAUGGAGGAUGGAGACCCUUCAGUAGCUCAGCUCCUUCAUGAAAGAACAUUUGCCUUCUCAUUUUGGCCUAAGGACCGAGUAAUGAUAAACCGAUUAGACAACAUCUGUGAAGCCGUGCUGAAAGGCAAAUGGCCAGUAAAUAGGCGCCAGAUGUUUGAUUUCCAGGGCCUCAUCCCUGGUUACACGCCACCCACCAUGGACAGUCCCCUGCAGAAGAGGAGCUUUGCCGAGCUCUCCAUGGUCGGCCAAGCUAGCAUUAGUGGGAGCGAGGACCUCACGACUUCUCCUCAGUUGUCAAAGGAAGACGCCCUAAACCUCUCUGUCCCUCGCCAGCGGAGGAGGAGGAGGAGAAAAAUUGAAAUUGAGGCCGAGAGAGCGGCCAAGCGGCGAAACCUCAUGGAAAUGGUUGCUCAGCUGAGGGAGUCUCAAGUGGUCUCAGAAAACGGACAAGAAAAAGUUGUAGAUUUAUCAAAGGCCUCAAGAGAGGCAGCAAGCUCUACCUCAAAUUUUUCGUCUCUUACUUCAAAGUUUAUCUUGCCUAAUGUCUCGACACCGGUGUCCGAUGCCUUUAAGACUCAAAUGGAGCUGCUCCAGGCAGGCCUGUCACGCACACCCACGAGGCAUCUGCUUAACGGCUCCCUGGUGGAUGGAGAGCCUCCCAUGAAGAGGAGGCGGGGAAGGAGGAAAAACGUGGAGGGUCUUGAUCUGCUUUUCAUGAGCCACAAACGGACGUCAUUGAGUGCAGAGGAUGCUGAGGUGACCAAAGCUUUUGAAGAAGAUAUAGAGACCCCACCUACAAGAAACAUUCCUUCUCCUGGACAGCUGGACCCAGACACGCGGAUCCCCGUGAUAAAUCUUGAAGACGGGACUAGGCUGGUGGGGGAGGACGCUCCUAAAAAUAAGGACUUAGUUGAAUGGCUGAAGCUGCAUCCUACUUACACUGUUGAUAUGCCAAGUUAUGUACCAAAGAAUGCGGAUGUGCUGUUUUCCUCAUUUCAGAAACCGAAACAGAAACGACAUAGAUGUCGAAACCCUAAUAAAUUGGAUAUAAACACUUUGACAGGAGAAGAAAGGGUGCCUGUUGUCAAUAAACGAAAUGGAAAGAAGAUGGGUGGAGCUAUGGCGCCUCCGAUGAAGGACCUGCCCAGGUGGCUGGAAGAGAACCCUGAAUUUGCAGUCGCUCCAGACUGGACUGAGAUAGUGAAGCAGUCUGGUUUUGUUCCCGAGUCGAUGUUUGACCGCCUUCUCACCGGCCCCGUGGUGCGGGGGGAAGGAGCGAGCAGGAGAGGACGAAGGCCCAAGAGCGAGAUCGCCAGGGCGGCCGCGGCGGCCGCGGCGGCCUCCACUUCCGGAAUCAACCCCCUGUUGGUGAACAGCCUGUUCGCCGGGAUGGACCUCACGAGCCUUCAGAACCUCCAGAACCUCCAGUCUCUCCAGCUCGCGGGGCUCAUGGGCUUCCCUCCAGGACUGGCGACGGCGGCCGCCGCCGCCGGAGGCGACGCCAAGAACCCUGCGGCCGUGCUGCCCCUGAUGCUGCCGGGCAUGGCGGGCCUGCCCAACGUGUUCGGACUGGGCGGGCUGCUGAACAACCCGCUCUCCGCUGCUGCUGGCAACGCCGCCGCCGCGGCCGCCGCCGCCGCCGCUCCCGGGCAGGGAGAGCCGGAAGACGGCGCCCCGAAAGCGGAAGAGAAAGGCAACGAGAACGAAGACGAGAACAAAGACUCCGAGAAAAGCACAGAUGCUGUUUCGGCUACUGACUCUGCGAAUGGAUCUGUUGGUGCUGCUACUGCCCCGGCCGGAUUGCCCUCCAACCCGCUCGCCUUCAACCCUUUCCUCCUGUCCACCGUGGCGCCAGGCCUCUUCUACCCGUCCAUGUUUCUACCUCCGGGACUGGGGGGAUUGACACUGCCUGGGUUCCCCGCGUUAGCAGGACUCCAGAACGCCGUGGGCUCCAGCGAAGAGAAGGCCCCCGACAAGGCCGAGGGGGGCGCCUUCCAGGAAGAGGAGAACCUGGACGGCAGCGACGCCGAGGAGAACCCGGAAAAGACCGCGGGGUCCUCCGUCUUCGAAGACGAAGGAGCACAGGGUGAAGAGCUGGACUCGCUCGAUGGGGGGGAUGAACUAGAAAACAACGAAAAUGAUGAAUAA